AUGGCCAUUGAGCCAGUAAAUCCGCUGGUGAUUGAUCCUAGUAAAAUCCAAGGAGAUGGCUUCGGGAUUCGGCUCAAUAACUUUGGAGACGUUGAGUAUUAUGGUAAUACCAUUACAAUUAAAUUUUUUGUUAGGGCGAUAAAAUUCCAAAAUAAUUCUUUCUAGGACGGGUAGUCGUUGGUACUCCGCUAAAAGAAUAUCGAGUGGUUUUUGAUACGGGUUCAACAAAUUUUUGGAUCAUGUCCAGCAAAUGCCGAGUUGAGACGAAGACUGGCAAAGCUUGCAAAGACAAGUCGCUCUACAAUAAGCAUUCAUCGUCUACGUACACAAAAAGAAGCGGAAAAUUUCGUCAGCUCUAUGAAAUUGGAUUUGCCUACGGCGACUUCGCGCAGGACGUUGUGGCGGUAAGGUCCAGUUUAGUCCACAAAUUUGCCUUGAAAAGUAAAUUCCUGUGGGAUAUCUGAUUGAAGGAAUAUCUAAAAGAUGUUUCACUAACCCUCACAAUUUUCAUUCCUUCUCCUUUUAGAUAGGUACCCUCAAGUCCCAUUCUCUCCUCACUCCGAAUGUCACCUUCGGUCUAGCCAAUGUGAUUGAUACCGCUUCGCAAGAUGAUGUCAUUGACGGAGUAAUGGGCCUGGGAUUUCCGAAGCCCGGUGAACCCGAGUCUCUAAUUAAUCGGGCUGUCGCUGAAGGCAAGUUGGAGAAGCCCCUGUAUACUGUUUGGAUGAAAAAAGUUGGAGGCGAAGUUGACCGGCUUGGUGGGGAAAUUCUUUUUGGAGAUGUGGAUUCCGAAAAAUGUGAGGCAAGCGUUGGAUAUACGAAUCUCACUUCGACAAAUUAUUGGCAGUUUGAUGUGAAUGAUGUUGAAAUCAAUAUUGGAGGAGAAACAAAGGUAAGGAAGUAGCCGGAAUGCUAUACAUGCAGUAUUUUGCAAAGAAACUUUGCCAUUUUUCAGAAGAUUGCUCAGAAAAUUGAAGCCAUCUCUGACACCGGCACUUCUGCUAUUGUUAUGCCCAGAGACAUGUACAGAACACUUGUGUCCGCCCUUGGAAUCAAAUCCAAUGCUCCUGGCCUUCCAUACGUCAAGUGCAACACGAAAUUCUCGCUCAAUUUCGCAAUCAAUGGCCGUAAUUACUCGUUAUCUGCACAAGAUUUGAUGGUCAAGUACUCGGACGGCUGUGUUUUGCAGUUCGAUGUCAGCGCCAUUGAAGGGGAUGAGAGCUGGGUUCUGGGGGAUCCAUUCAUCCGUACGUAUUGCCAAAUCUAUGAUCUUGGCCGGAAAAGAGUUGGGUUUGCCAAGGCCAAAGUUGCAACCAAGAAAAAGUUGAAAUGCGGGAAGAAAUGCGUGAAAAGUGGGAGAGGUCAACGAUGGAAGAAGACUCAUCAACGUGACCCGGAUCAUUUCAAUGGAAACCCUGAAAUGAUGCAGGAUGACAUUAAAAAAGAUGAGAAUGGAAGUAAAUUUGAAGAAAAUUUGGAGGAGUAUGAGGACGAUAGUGUAGAACAGACGGAAAUGGAUGCAAAUACGAAUCGAUUAGAAAGUUUAUAG